UGCUAAGUAUGAGCCUUAAAACUACAGCGCACUAAAUACAAUGUGGUAUCCUGGAUUGGAUCCUAGAAUAGAAAAAGGACAUCAGUAGAGAAACUGGGGAAAUCCUGAUAAAAUAUUUGUUUCCCGACCAGGGAUGGAACCCGAGUCCCGGCAGUGAAAGUCUGGAAGCCUAACCACUAGGCCACUGGGGAACUCUCCCGAUAACUUGUUUAUCCCUGCGGUAAAGAAGGCACGUGGCUGAUGAGCAGGGAGGCGAGGCCACAGAGUGGGGCAGAGGGGAAGGCCUGGGAAGCAGAGAACGAUGACAUGGCAGAAGGCGACUUAGGGUAUGGCUUCAGAAGAAGGCCCGGUGGCAUUUAUGAAGUGCAAGUUUCACAUUUAUUUACAUUUAGAAAAAGAUCAGAUGGAAAGACCUUUAGUCCUCCCCCAUUUUCAAGAAAUGGGGAAGAAAGAAACAGUGCCGUUUUUCAGUAUUCCAAGCGUAAGAGCUUGCGUGAUACCUACCUACCCGGAAGGACCCCAGAUUCCCUAUCACGGCCCACAAAUUACUGGAGACUUCUAGUGAUUCUCCUUGGGAAGAAAUUAAAUUCAGAUUCUAAUUCAGAGUUGUCAAAUGUGGAAUUAAGGCAACGUCUUCACGAAACUUUAGAGGAGGUAGAAAUUUUGAAAACGGAACUUGAGGCAUCUCAAAGACAACUUGAAGGUAAAGAGGAAGCAUUGAGAAUUCCUCAAAGCAAUGCAAUAUUUGGCAAAGCCACAAGUCAUACCCAGGCAGUGCUUCAAAAAACUGUGGAACAAAAGAGAUCCUUGGAGAAGGAAAUAAACGCCUUGCAGUGGGAAAUGGAAUUUGAUCGCAAUAGAUUUAAAAAUAUAGAGGAAUCUUGGACCCAAAAAUAUGACAGGCUAAACUGUGAAAAUGCAGUCCUCAAAGAAACUUUGAAACUGAAAACAGAAGAAAUUAAAAUGCUCAAGACUGAAAGUACAAUUUUCAAUCAACCGUAUUUGGAGGCCCUCGCCAUGCUUGAUAUCAAACAACAGAAGAUGGCUCAGGGAAACACGUGCCAGGACGCAAGUGGCUUUACGGAGGUUUCAGGUCUUGAGCUUGCAGUCCUGGGAGCCUGCCUUUGUCACAGUCCCAGCGGGAGCCCCUGUACCUGUGCCAGACUGGCAGCAUCUACUCGGAAAAUGCUCCUUCAGGUCAAACACGAGUUGGAACUUGUGCAGAAGAGUAAAGAAGAAGCCUACGUAAUGGCAGAUGCAUUCAGAAUUGCAUUUGCGCAACAAUUAAUGAGGAAAAAUGACCAGGCACUAAGAUUGAGACAAAUGGGUAAAAUGUGUAAGAAAGCAACAAAAGGGACAAAUUGGAAGCACCUUAAAGAUGAUGGGUUACCGUCACAAAGGAGUAAGAAGACCUUAGGGCAGAAACUGUUGGGCAUGGCUCCCUUUGGAAACAGUUCUAAGAGUACUGAUGACCAGCAUGAUCCUCAGGAAGUCUUUAAGAUGCUAAUAGAUUUGUUAAAUGAUAAAGAAGAAGCUUUGGCUCAUCAAAGAAAAGUUAGUUACAUGCUUGCUCGGGCUUUGGAAGACAGAGGCACCACCUCAAAAGAGAAUAAAGAAAAAAAUCCUAUGAAAGACAAUUCUCCAUUAAAAAUCCCCUGGCAGAAAACUUCAGAAUUCCCUGUUUUACCUGAUCCCGUACAUUCAAGUGUUCAAAUUUUUAAUUCUGUGGGCUGCAUUUGUUCAAUUCAGCACUUUCAAACAGAUCAAAACUACACAAGAACUCUUAAAAGAUCCUAUUCUUUGCCAUCAAAUAUCAUGUACUGAAGACAAACCCGUUGAAAUUACAACUGAGAGCUGUUUAUAUCGAGACUUUGAAAACGGACCGUGUAAAUGUUGCUACAUCUUCAGAAGUUGUGUUUUACGGGUAUUUCUAA